UCAACAAAACAAAAAUCUCUCACAAAAAUGUUUCACAACUUUGAACUUUCUCUUCCUUCCUUCCUUUUCUGCCUACCCGAAGUCUCCGUUAAUUUUGAAACGCACCUUCUUCGGCCAUGUCCGCCAUUGCUGCUGCUGCUGCUGCGCUUUCUAUUCCUACCUCUCUUUGUCGUUCAUCAAAGUUUACCGCCAAAAAGGCUGUCAAGGGAGGCUUUGCAGUGUCAGCUAUCAUAGGGGAGGAAGGCGAGUUGGUUGACAGGAAAAACCUAUGGAUGACUAUUUUUGAAGUAGAAGAUCCGAGGUCUAAAGUCCCUCAAUGUAAAGGCAAGUUCUUGGAUGUGAAUCAAGCUUUAGAAGUGGCUAGAUAUGAUAUACAGUACUGUGAUUGGAAGGCUCGGCAAGAUGUUCUUGCAAUCAUGCUUUUGCAUGAAAAGGUUGUACAAGUAUUGAACCCUCUUGCCCGUGAAUACAAAUCGAUUGGUACCCUGAAGAAGGAACUCGCAGAGUUGCAAGAAGAGCUGGCAGUAGCUCACAAUCAGGUACAUAUUUCAGAGGCAAGGAUUGGCACUGCUUUGGACAAGCUAGCUUACAUGGAAACUUUGGUUAAUGAUAGGCUAUUGCAAGAUAGAAACACGAUGGAAUUUAACGUGUCAACCUCUACCCCGAGCACUUCUACAGAAUCUCUUGAUACUGUCAAGACCAGGCAGCCGAGAAGAAGCCUCAAUGUGUCCGGUCCUGUCCAAUCUUACCAUGCCCGUUUGAAGAAUUUUUGGUACCCUGUUGCUUUUUCUGCAGAUCUGAAGGAUGACACCAUGGUUCCAAUAGAUUGCUUCGAGGAACCUUGGGUAAUCUUUCGUGGGAAAGAUGGAAAACCUGGAUGUGUCCAGAAUACUUGUGCUCACCGGGCCUGCCCACUUCAUCUGGGUUCAGUAAACGAGGGUCGCAUCCAGUGUCCUUAUCAUGGAUGGGAAUACUCGACCGAUGGAAAAUGUGAAAAAAUGCCGUCGACUAGAUUACUUAACAUAAAAAUCAGAGCAUUACCAUGCCUUGAGCAGGAGGGAAUGAUAUGGAUUUGGCCAGGCGAUGAUCCGCCUACAGCUAACCUUCCUUCUUUACUACCUCCAUCAGAAUUUCAAAUACAUGCUGAGAUCGUGAUGGAACUUCCCGUAGAACAUGGACUACUACUGGACAACCUUCUGGAUCUUGCACAUGCUCCCUUUACCCACACGUCUACCUUUGCUAAGGGAUGGAGUGUUCCCAGCUUGGUGAAAUUUUUGACGCCUGCAUCUGGUCUGCAAGGAUACUGGGAUCCCUAUCCAAUAGAUAUGGAAUUUAGACCACCUUGUAUGGUAUUAUCAACAAUUGGAAUCUCAAAACCCGGGAAAUUAGAAGGGCAAAAUACUGGAGAGUGUUCAACACAUCUUCACCAACUCCAUGUUUGCUUACCGUCGUCAAGACAGAAGACUAGGCUAUUGUACAGAAUGUCGCUUGACUUUGCUCCUGUACUGAAGCACGUUCCUUUCAUUCAAUACCUGUGGAGACAUUUUGCUGAAAAGGUAUUGAAUGAGGAUCUACGGCUUGUUCUUGGCCAGCAGGAGCGCAUGCUCAAUGGCGCAAAUGUUUGGAAUUGGCCAGUGUCAUACGAUAAGCUGGGAGUAAGAUACAGGCUAUGGAGAGAUGCAGUUGAGCAAGGAUCUAAAAGAUUACCCUUCGAGAAAUCAGCAUAAAAAUUGUUUCACAAGUAGAUUUGUUAUUUCUUAUAUUGCUUCUCCUCACAACAUAGCUCCUGUGCAUUUCUGAUCCGAGAUUCGGAAUUCCUUUGUCUUGGAAGUUACGACUGAAAAUUCUCCUAAGUCGAGGAAAGGUGAUCUCCACAUACACCCCCCGUAAAAAGAAAAGUUUACACUUCUAUUUUCUGUCAUUUUUUUAGUGUACAGUUCUGAAACAGAGCCACUUCCUGCCCGUCCUUGCUGAGGGCGCAAGGGUCAUUUUUGUUUUUGACCCUGUCACCGAAAUGUAUGAUAUUGUCAUUCCGUUCUUGAUAUAGCUGAAGAUUUGAAUCUGAUAACUGAGACUGGACAUCUGCUGUGUCCAGUGCUUGUUCA